UCAAACUUCAACUCCACAACAUACAAACACAAGAACUCAAUUCUCAUUCCUCUGAAUCAUAACUAUUCGAUCUCCUACUGCUAUUUGGUAAAUAAAGAGUUUGUGUAUAACCAAAUCGAUUACGAUGGAAGGGUCAGUGAGCUAUGAAAACUAUGACGAGCAGCUCAACUUCAAGGCAACUGAGCUCAGAUUGGGAUUGCCCGGAAGCGGGAUGGAAGAAUCAACUGCAUCACCUCCUCCUAAUACUAAGAAGAGGGCUUCACCGGAUCAAGAGUUGGUGGAUGAGGAGUGCAGGUCGUCUACUACCGACGAUGAGACACCGGACUUUACUUCCCGUCCCACCAAGACACAAGUAGUUGGAUGGCCUCCGAUCAGAUCUAACCGGAAAAACGUUAUGCAAGCGUACGUGAAAGUAAGCGUAGACGGAGCUCCUUACCUGAGGAAGAUUGAUAUCAAGGUUUACAAGAGCUACCCGGAACUCCUCAAGUCCUUACAGGACAUGUUCAAGCUAACCAUUGGUAGCUACUCAGAGAGAGAAGGCUACAAUGGAUCUGAAUUUGCUCCUACUUAUCAAGACAAAGAUGGUGACUGGAUGCUAGUUGGAGAUGUGCCAUGGAGUAUGUUUGCGUCGUCCUGCAAAAGGCUGAGAAUCAUGAAAGGAUCUGAAGCUAGAGGACUAGCUUGUCCCUGAAAGUACCACAUAUCACAACGAGCAACUCAAUGAAAGACAAUACAUUAAGGACGCUCAAAAGUCCUUUAGCAAAGCUUCAGUUCUCCACCAAGUUUGCUGAGAAUUCGAGGUGUACGACAGAAAAACAAAGACACACAGACAAAUAUAGUUCAGAAUACAGUUUUAUUUUUCCAUUUAUAUGUGCUUGAAAGAAAAACUAAAAGAAAAAAAAAAGAGAAACAUAGUUGAGAUCCAAUUGUACAGAGGAUUUUACAUGUAUGCUUUAUUUUCUCCUAAUAGGUGAUCAUAUAUAUGUAUGAAUGCGCUGCACAACAAUUUUUGUGUAAAUUGAAAAUA